UUCCUUUCUCACUUGAAAAUAAAAAAUUAAAAAAUUUCCCUGUUUCUCUUAUCCUGCAAAAACCCAACAAUGAACACAAAACUAAUCUCUAAAACCCAAACCCUAAUCCAAAAUCAAAAUACAAUCAUUACAAGAUCUUACUACACUAACAAAGCUAAUAAAGCUACCUUGUACUCAAAAAUCAGUCCUUUAGGAAGCACCCCAAGUCUGGAGCCUGAGCUUGACAGUUGGGUCCGAAGUGGAAACAAGGUCAGGGUUGCUGAGCUUCAACGCAUUAUCCAUGAUCUUCGUAAGCGAAAGCGGUUCUCUCACGCCCUUCAGGUGUCUGAAUGGAUGCAUAAAAAGGAUAUUUGCAUAUUCUCACCAAGUGAACAUGCUGUUCAAUUGGAUUUGAUUGGUAGAGUUCACGGGUUUGUUUCUGCUGAGAACUAUUUCAAUAACCUGAGGGACCAAGAUAAAAAUGAAAAGACAUAUGGUGCGCUUCUGAAUUGUUAUGUUCGGCAACGUGAAACUGACAAGUCCAUCUUACAUUUGCAGAAAAUGAAGGAGAUGGGCUUUGCCAAAUCAUCUCUCACUUACAAUGACAUUAUGUGCCUCUACACAAAUGUUGGCCAGCAUGAGAAGGUUCCUCAGGUCCUAAAUGAGAUGAAGGAGAACAAUGUUUUACCUGAUAACUUCAGCUACAGACUCUGCAUCAAUUCCUUUGGUGCUAGGGAUGACCUUGAGGGAAUGGAAAAGAUUUUGAAUGAGAUGGAGCACCAACCAGACAUUGUCAUGGACUGGAACACAUAUGCUGUGGCUGCUAAUUUUUACAUAAUAGGCGACCUUACAGAUAAGGCCAUUGAUACCCUGAAAAAAUCAGAAGCAAGGCUAGAUAAGAAAGAUGGAACUGGCUACAAUCAUCUGAUUUCACUCUAUGCUAAGCUAGGAAAUAAGACUGAGGUUUUGAGAUUAUGGGAUCUGGAGAAAUCUGCUUGUGAGAGGCAUAUAAACAAGGAUUAUAUCAUCAUGAUGGAAUCUCUACUGAAGCUUAGUGAAUUUGAAGAAGCUGAGAAAGUGCUUAAAGAGUGGGAAUCAUCUGGCAAUUUUUAUGAUGUUCGGGUACCGAAUACCCUUAUUAUUGGGUACUCCAGGAAAGGCUUGUGUGAGAAAGCAAAAGCACUGCUUGAGAACUUGACUGAGAAGGGAAAGAUGACUCUCCCAAACAGCUGGGGCAUUGUUGCUGCAGGAUUCUUUGACAAAAGCGAGGUAGCAAAAGCUUUCGGCUGUAUGAAGGCUGCCCUCUGCCUACACGUGGAAAAUAAAGGAUGGAAGCCAAAUCAAAGAGUGAUCAAUGGCAUAUUGAGUUGGCUUGGUGAUGAAGGCAGUGCUGAAGAUGCAGAAGCUUUUGUGUCUUCAUUGAAGACUGUCAUCCCCGUGAACAGGGAAAUGUAUCAUGCUGUUUUGAAGGCAAAUAUAAGAGCCGGGAAGGAAGUGCAUAGACUUUUGGACGGCAUGAAAACUUACAAUAUAAAGGAGGACGAAGAAACAAAGAAAAUCCUUAGCAUGAUGUAGUAGUAAACCUAAAGCCUUAAUGCUAUUCCAUUGAGAACCACCGUAACUUGCCUAUUCAAACCAAGCUUUUUCUUCUUCUUUUUUUUUACUGAGAGAACCAUGCAACUGUUGUAACAAUCCAUUUUGUUUGUUUAGUUGCGUUGAAGCAAUCGGUGGUUCAAAUAUCAAAGAUUAUUCCUCAGCAA